GUCAUUUGAGUUUUAAUACGUGUUUGUUUUGAAAUUAAAUUCAAUUAAUUUCAUGGUUAGCUGCCGUUGUUUACCAUUAUUACUUUAAAAACAACGAUUAUAUAGCUGCUUUUAAAUCUCCAAAGGCCCUUACAUUAAUUGACCAGGUACAAAUAUUCGAACAGUUAUCGCAGUGCGGAUGGAGGCUAAACUUAAGGAAUACCGGGCACUAAGACGCCGUAAAGAACUGAUUGAGAACGCUAAACAGAAGAUUGAGGAAUCUAAAGAAAAAUUAGUGAACUUUUUGGUGCCAAAAAUAAUUCGAGACAUGGGGAAAGUUCAUGAGGAUGAAGUCUUAUUGAUGGAAAAUGAGGAGCCACCACCAACAGACAACACAGUAGAAGAAAUCAACGACGUAGUUUCCGAAGUGAGCGAAGUGGAAUCAUUUGAAGAGCCUGAAGAACCAUGGAGGCAUUGUCUGAUCAGAUGGACAGUAUACUUAUGUAUAUGGGCAGUAUUCUGGGCAGUGUUCAUUCACCUACAGUUUGGUGCGGUAUACUUCGUAAUAUCUGUAUUGAUAGGUAUUUAUCUUAACACUCGGACAAGACCGAGAAAGAAAGGAGAAGUGUCUGCAUAUAGUGUGUUUAACCAAAACUGUGUUAGUAUUGACGGGACUUUAAAAGCGGAACAGUUUGAGAGGGAGAUACGGUAUGGUGCGGGUACUGUUAGAAGUUUUUAAGAAGUGAUAUAGAAUAUCUUUUAAAUGUAUACUUAUUACUUAAUGGAUCUCGGACAAUACAUCCUUCAAUGUCAUAUUUUACUAAAUAAAACUUUAUUUGUUUGUUAACACUGAUUGGAGAAAAGGACUUAUAAGAAAUGUGAAAACCUUUUAAGAUUACUAUCUAAUUAAGACUAAUACAGAAAGAUGCAUCAAAAAUGUUGAUAUAUGAAUAUUUUAUAUAAUAGACAAUGUAUGUAUUAAUGUUUGUAAUAUGUAAGAUACCGAAUGUGAUUCAAAUCAAAUCAGGUAUCUCUGUUAAUCAUGCAAAAUUACUCGACGGAUUUUUAUGAUGUUUACCUCAUAUGUGACUGUACUUUACUUUUUUACUGUAGUUAAGUUAAUUAGAUCCUAUAAAUAUAUUGUCUAUAAGGCAAACCUGUAAAAAUAUUCAGAUUAGUUUAUGUCAGGUGUUUAAAAAUGUAAUUAAAAUAACCUAUGUAACUUAAGCCCUUAAGCCAUAAAGUUGACUUUCGUAAAGCAUUUGGCUGGAGUCUAAAAGACCCAUUGCAAUGACGUACUAGUUAGUUCUAACAAAAUAUACCAGUUCAAGCCGUUAAAUUGUGAAAAGUCGUUACCAUAGAAUUUUACUAAAUAAAAAAUCAUAUGUUUGAAAAUGUCGUCAUAUUUUCUAUGAUAAUAUCUGCAUUAUAGACAGAUUUUGUGCAUUUUUUAUGAUUUUACGAAUUGAACUGUAUCCAUUUAACCGGUGAUCAGCUAAUUAUGACGUGUAAGUGUAUGUAUAAGUUUUUUAAUUUAUUAUGUGCAUAUAAUUUAUUAAGGCUUUGACUGCCAAUAGAAAACUGUUGAAG